GCUGUGGACGGCGGGACACUUGCUGUUUUGGCAGAACCAGAGCACGAGGAGAGGAGAAAUCCCGGGUGGACAGACAGAACUAGUAGCCCCGUCUUUCCUACAUCUCCAACAUGGCCUCAAAGUGUCCCAAGUGCGACAAGACGGUGUAUUUCGCUGAGAAGGUGUCAUCGCUUGGGAAGGACUGGCACAAACUGUGCCUCAAAUGUGACCGCUGCAACAAGCUUCUGACCGCAGGAGGCCACGCAGAGCACGAUGGAAGGCCCUACUGCCACAAACCAUGCUAUGCUGCCCUCUUUGGGCCAAAAGGUGUUAACAUUGGAGGAGCAGGUUCUUAUGUGUACGAUGCUCCAGCCAACGACAACACUGGUGGGGAUUCAGCCUCUAAAGUUGAAGAGAAGCGUGUGUACGCGCCAAAGGCGCCAUCAAAAGCUGGCAGCAUUACCACUUUCUCCGGCGAGGCCAACCUUUGUCCUCGAUGCAGCAAGAAGGUGUACUUUGCUGAGAAGGUGACCUCCCUGGGGAAGGACUGGCACCGGCCCUGUCUGCGCUGUGAGAGGUGCAGCAAGACUCUGGCUCCUGGCAGCCACGCAGAGCAUGACGGCCAGCCCUACUGCCACAAACCCUGCUACGCCGUCCUCUUUGGACCCAAAGGCGUCAACACUGGCGGCGUGGGCAGCUACAUCUAUGACAAGGAGCCCAGUGCAGUGACCCAGCCUUGAACCUUUUGUCCCCCCCCUCAGCCUCACCCUCCUCUUCUCUACAUUACACUGACCAACACCCACAGUAUUAUGUGCUGAAUUUUGUUUUCUCCCCUCCUCCCUAUUCGUUUGUUCAUACCUGAGGCAACUGUCGAUCGGCUGCGACUCCCUUUCCCAGCUCUUCUGCCGUUCCCAGGAUCAGAUAAAGCAGCACGGAGGAAAAUUAACUGAACUCGAAUGCAGAAAGAAGCACAGACACGUCAAAGUAUCUCAUAAAAUGCACAUUAAAAAAAAACUCUGACGAAGGAUA